CAAAUAUUAAAUUUUUGUUGUAAGCAACACUGCGUAAUUAUACAAAGUCGACGGCGUAGGAACGUAAUAAAUCGGUGUCUCCAAGGAAAUAAUAUUGAUGUUUUGGAGAAAUUAGAAAACCUUACAGGAUGGGCGAUGAUAUGUCUAAUGUCUGCAGAUUACUUGAUUAUGCAAACCGCUGGAGAGUAAAACAAUGGUAAUGAAUCAGCUCCAAACGCCCCCCAAAUCAGGUGGUCAUGGAUCAUAAAGAAUUAGGCAGGAACUCAUCUGUGAACACAGGUGUCAAUGAUGGCAGCACUAAAUUUGCCCUUAACACUAACAGCCCAACGGUACAAUCGAGCAGAAAUAAAUCAUACGAUGUGGGGCCAAACUCGUUGGGCAAAGUGGAGACGACGACGGGCGCGCGCCCGUGCGCUAUCAUUGGCCCCGACCGAGUGGUGCCGCCUAAUCCUGAUGACACGAUGUAUUUGAAAAAGAUGCCAGGGGAAGCAUGGCCACCUCCGGAAAACGUUUACCGCCGUCCCCCUGACUAUCCUACUAAAAUAUCCGACUAUCAACCAACCAGAAACAUAUCGCCGAGACAAACAUUCCAAGAAAAUAUGCAGCGGAUAAUGGUUCCACCUACGUUUAGUUCUGUAAAAAGUAGUGAAGUGUCCAACUUGAAAAAUCCUAAACUUAAUAUGCCUCAAGAGGCCAAGUACUGUGAUGUGCCUUAUAAUGUAAAUUCUGUGAACAGUGAACACAAAAGUGUCAGAAAUUCUGACCUUCCUAUGUCUAAUGUGAGUCCUUAUCCUAGAAACAUGCCUCCACCCUAUGGGUGGCCCACCGGUGUUAACGUUCGGCCUCUGAGGCCCUAUGGUGCUCCAGAGUUCUAUCAGUACCAAGAGUAUCCCAGUUGUGCUGGUCCUAGGCCGAUGACAAUGAUUCGCCCACACCGGCCUCUAUAUGAAGAAAGUGCUCAAGUUUAUUCUGAACGCUUAUAUCAGGAUGCUAACAUUCGCUUCAAACCGUAUCCUACUGGGAAAGAAAAGCAUCAACAACCAAGGUAUGAUUAUGUUAGUAAUUAUCCUAGUACAUUCCACCCACCUGCCUCGCUCCCACCUCAUAAAUAUGAUGUGCAGAAAUCAAUACAUGGACAUCCAUAUCCUGUAUGCCCUCCAGUACCAUAUAAAUACUUAGACAGGAGGAUACAUGAACCUUUUGUUGACGGAUAUCACAGGACCCACAGUCAAGCUAAUUUUAAUGCAUUUCAUAGUCAAGUUGUGCCUCCUCCUUAUGGGCCUAUACCAGGGAACUGCAUGCAAAACAAGACAUAUUCAGAUGCGUCUUCUAAGCCUUUAAAUGUUAAUAAGAUACAGUUUGAAAACAAUAGUAAAGUUUAUCUUAAUCUUGAAUCACGAAAUAAAAAUUACUCUGUACCAGAAAAUCUAUAUUACAAUGAAAUGAAUCAUUCUCAAGCUAUGAGAGGUGAGAUACUAUUACCCACUCACCCAAUGUUAAACAUUCCCCCCAUGCCCCAACACUCAAUUUACAGAAAAGAUAAUACUCCUCUAAAACCUUAUGACCAUAACCCUAACUAUAGAAUUUUUGACCAAUCAAUCAAUGUAAAUCAUUCAAUGCAAAGGCUACCUAUGCAGUUUUCACCAAACACUGUUGCUAUAUCUCCUUCUGAUUCUAAUACAAGCAAUGAUACUACACACACUAUUGGAACAUCUCAAGAAGAUUGUGGAUAUGUAAGUCAAUCAUCCGCAGCAAGCAUAAGAAGUUUUGACUCUAGUAACAUACCUAUGUCACAUGACAUUUACAGAAGAUAUAAUUAUAAUAACUAUGACAUGCUCCGAAACACAUUUCAUUCUGUUGGUGCUGUACAAAUUCCCAAAAAUAAAACUAGUUCUCCAAAUAAAAAAAAUCUUGAUGUCAGACAGUUUUUACAAAUGUGGAAUGAAGGUGAUGAAGAAGUCAGUGAGGCCAGCAAAGAGGCUGCAACACAAAAUCAUUCAAAAAAAAAUUCUUCUCGAAGUGAAAUUAUUAAUAAUCAGGAACAACUUUAUGUACUUGGUUUAGUUAAUGUCCCUAAUGAAGAACUUGGUAAAUAUGACCAUAUUCAAAAAAUAUCCAAGUUACCUGAAAAUAUUAAAGGCUAUAACAGCAUAGAAAUACUUAAGCAAUAUGAAGAACUCUUAGAAACGCCACAUGUCAGUAAUUAUAACAGAUCAAGAGAGUUUAGUACCCUUUCAAAAGCUCAGAUUGAUAAAGAUAUCACAACAAAGAUGCCUCGUCCAAUAUCACCAUUAGAUGUAGAAGCAAAAAUAAGUCAGUCAGUUAUUCAUAAAGAAGUGGGUUGUAAUUUUGAAAUAAAGCCAUGCAGCCCACAAAUGUUAAAUGUAGAAGUUGCUGCACCAGUGCGAAAUGUACUGGGUGAGAGAAUAAUUGAAAAAGUGGUUAAUCCAAUUAUAACAAAGUCACCAAAAUUGAAUAGAGGUGAAAAGAACCAAUUACAGAACACUGUGGAUGAUGCAGUCACUACAACAAGUUGUAAAAUGGUAAGUGAUCAAUACUCGUCCAAUAGUUCACCCAAGGAAACAAAAGCAAGCAAUUAUAGUGUGCAAGAUCUUGAAAGGAAUGCUGGUUUAUGUUUAGCUUCUUUACCACAGCUUGACAAUGAUAUUGAGCUUAAUUUUCCUGAAAUAAAUCAACAAUUCAUUAAAGCAAAUCAAAUUGAAUCUAAUGUUGUAUCAGGCUUACAAAAUUUACCACAUAUUGAUUUAGAGCAAACACAAUAUUGUUUGCCACAAGAGACUAGAAAUGAUUCUCAGCAGCUAAAUUUAUCUCCUCAAUUUCCUUUAGGUUCUGGGGUAGAUAAAGAAUUUUCCAAAUUAAGUAAAUAUAGAAAAGGUAGAAAGUGUGAGAUUCCUAGUUCCCAUAACAUGACUAAACAAGAAUUACAAAGAAUUGACAGCGUAAUAAUAAAAAAUCCUGAUACUAAUAAAUCACAAGAUAGUGAAGCUGUCAAAAUAACCAGCGAAACAAAUCAUAGCUUUCAUAAAGAAACUGUGCUGUCAUAUUCUUCUUUGGAAUAUCACAGAAAUAUUAAAGCACACGAUUUGUCAUCUGAAACUGCAAUCGAUUUUAGUUUAAACAGAUCUGAAGAGGAACCUGAUGUUAGUUAUUUAAAUGAAAUGGACAGAAACGUUAAUCAAAAUCUACCACCACUUGAAAAAUUUGAUGAAGAAGGUUUAAAUGAAGGUGAAGAUAUAUGUCUUACUUCUGGCAGUAUUCAAGUACGGAAUACGUCAGCAGAACUACAUAUCACGCCGUCUGCUGAACUUGUCGAAGAACUCCAAAGUGAAUGUCCAAAAUUUAGAACAAAUAAAGAUUAUAAAAAUGGUAAGCAAAACAACAACCAAUAUGAGGAUCUGAUAAAAGUACCAGUUGAAUCACCCACAGUUAGUGCAAAUGCAAAUGCAAAUGAGAAGGGUAAUGUAUUAGUUAUGAGUAAUGAGGAGGCUGCUAAACCGAAAUUACAUACAAAAGAAAAUCUAAAAAGUACUGAGAAUGUAAACAAUUUUGAUACGCUUGGUGUUAAUAGUCCAAAUAACCACAGUAACCUCCAGAAGUUUAACGAAGAAAACUUAUUUACAAAUCUAAAAGAUACAACAAAAUAUAAAAAAGAUGUAAAAGAAUUUGAAACUGAAUGUACUGAUGAAAGUGAAAAAGAUAUUGAUUUGUCUAGCCCAGUUAAACCUGUUGUAGAUAAUGAAGAUCAAUAUAGCUGUGACAAAAGUGCAAAUGGCUUAAAAAAUGAAGUAGUUUCCAAUAAAGUAUCUGAGAUUUCAUUUGUUACGAAAACCUUUAUUGGUAAUGAUACUACAGAGAAUCAAACUAUAGAAGAAGUUCUGAAUGAUUUAUCUAACCAAAAUAUUGAUAACUUGGUCAUCAAAUGUAGUCCCACACAUAAUACGAUUAAAAAUGAUAAUGGUAAAGAUUUCACAGGUUUAAACCAUUCCCUGAGCAAAAAUGAAGAGAUUUUCGAAUUUGUAUCGAAUAUAUCAGUUGUUAGUGAAUCCAAUAGAGAAACUCAAACUGGGACAACAAGGACCGAAGGCAUUCGAAUUGAAACUAACCAGGCAGUAACCAGUGAAACUAACGUAAAUGAUUGUAAAUUAGAGGUACUUUAUGAUGAACAAUCGACAACAGUAGCGUUUGAGCAAGAAUCUGAAAAUAAAAUAAAAAAUAUAUCUGAUAUUAUGUCAAGUUAUUCAGAAGAAAUUUCGUGUGCUAAAAACGAAACAGAUCCCCCAGACUUAUUAGCUAUUGAAAUAACUGAAUGCAACUCACAACCUGUGUUGAAGUCACCUUCACCGGAGAUUCAGCAAGGUAGUAAAAUGAAAAUGUUUGUGUCUGGAUUUGAACUUAAAAAAAAUGCUAUAAAUGAUUGUGAUAAAACAGUAUUUAAUAUAUCUAAAGAAGCAUUUUCAAAAGAAACUAAAAGUGAAUUGAGCCAGAGUGCAAAAUUGCUGGAUCCGUCUGAUAAUGAUUAUUUAUCUAAUGAAUCAGAUCCAAAUAGUAAUGUUCAAAAAGAUACAUAUAUUCUUAAGGAUGUAACAGAAAGUACAUCAUCUGAUCUAGAAUUUGAAGAGUGUAGAAAAUCAAAAGAGUCAUUUCAGACUGCAAUGGAACAAAAAGAAGAAUAUGAAACAAACAUGGAUACAGCUGAAUCUGAGUGUUUAUUUGAUAAGGAUGAUACUGUACAUAAUUCUGUUGAGGACUUAUGUGUAUUCGUCAAUAAGACACUUUCUGAGAACCCUAAUGCUAAAAUUACAGAAUGUAAACAAGAAACGAAGAUAGAUGGACAUCUAGAAACAGAUCAUAAAAUAAAUGAAGAUGUAGUUCAAUUUGAGUGUUUGCCUGAUAAUUCUUACAUACUUACAAACACUGUGGAAGAACCUUGUUUAUUUACUAAAAAUAUGACACAUCCUGAGAACCUCUCCGUGAUAACUAGAGAAGAUAGGCACGAAACUGAUAUAAAAGAUAGUCAACAAACGAAUUAUGAAACACCUAUGAAUACAGCUGAAUCUGAGUUAUUAUCUCGUAAACUUUACAUAAAUUCUAUUCAACCUGUUGAAGAAUCUUCUUUAAAAUCGUGUAAUAAUUCAGCUAUCAUAAGUUCAGAAUUUAGAUCCAAUAUAGAGACAGACAACAAACAGAAGGAUUUUAAAUCAUUUGUGGAUAAAGUGGAAGCCAAGUAUUUAUCUGAUAAUGUUGAAGAACAUAGACCAGAUAUAGAAUCAGACAAUUGUAAAGAGAAGGAUUUUAAACCAUUUGUAGAUAAAGCUGAAGCUGAGUGUUCAUCAAACAAUGUUCGAGAACAUAGACCAGAUAUGAAAACAGACAAUAGCAAACAGAAGGAUUUUAAACUAUUAUUUGUAGAUAAAGCUGAAACAGACUGUUUAUCUAAUAAUGUUGAAGAACACAGACCAGAUAUAGAGACAGAAAAUAGUAAACAGGAGGAUUUUAAACCAUUUGUGGAUAAAGCUGAAGACGAGUGUUCAACAAAUAAUGUUCGAGAACAUAGACUAGGUAUAAAAAUGGACAAUAGCAAACAGAAGGAUUUUAAACUAUUUGUGGAUAAAGCUGAAGCAGACUGUUUAUCUUAUAAUGUUGAAGAAUGCAGACCAGAUAUAGAGACAGAAAAUAGUAAACAGGAGGAUUUUAAACUAUUUGUCGAUAAAGCUGAAGCAAAGUGUUUAUCUAAUAUUGUUGAAAAACACGGGCCUGAUAUAGAAAAAGACAAUAGUAAACAGAAGGAUUAUAAAGUAUUGGUGGAUAAAGCUGAAUGUUUAUCUAAUAAUGUUGAAGAACACAGGCCUGAUGUUGAAGAACAUAGACCAGAUAUAGAAACAGACAAUAGUAAAGAGAAGGAUUUUAAAUCAUUUGUAGAUAAAGCUGAAGCCGAGUGUUCAUCGAAUAAUGUUCGAGAACUUAGAUCAGAUAUAAAAACAGACAAUAGCAAACAGAACGAUUUUAAACAAUUUGUGGAUAAAUCUGAAGCAGACUGUUUAUCUAAUAAUGUCGAAGAACAUUGUUUACAUUUUAGUCAUGAGACAUUUGGAGAAAAUUCUGUUUCAGAAGGAGCAGAAAAUGAAGAGAAAAUAGAGGUAAAAGAUAAUGGUGUCAGCGUUGCUAAAUUAAAUAUAAUAGAUAAUUCUUUCGAAUUUCAAAAUGAAACUAAAACAUUCAACAUUGAAAAUAAUAGUUUACAGUCCUUCAAAAAUCAAAGCCAAGUCUCUGUCAUUAACAUGGGAUUUACAAAUUGUCAAAAAGAACUGUUUUCUCCUAGGUUUCAGAAACUUUUGAUGUUUAGUGAAGGAAUUUGUAAAUCAAGUAAAAACAAGUACAGUCUUGCACAAGAAUAUAAUUGUGGUGAAAAUACUGUUGAACUAGAAGAUGCUCGUUUUGUAAACGUAGAACUGGUUUUCUCUGAAAAUAAUGAUGUAAAUAAUGAAUUUCAUGAUAUUGAAAGAGAGGCCAAAUUGUCGAAUGGCAUGCAUAUUGAAGUUUUGCAAUCCGAACAUAUUAAAAAGCAGGGUACUGUUCAAAACAAUGGCAGUUUAACGGAAAAAGAUCACAGUAGUAAAAAUGAAGAUGCGCAAUUUUCACCAGCUGUUGUUGAUGAUAGCGCUGUUAUUAAACCACGAAAGAUUUCUAAAAGAUCUUUAUCGGAAUCGGCUUUAGAAACAUAUUAUAAGAAUAAUGAUGAUGUUAAUUUUGUGCAACCUUGCAAGCGAAAGAAAGGUUUAAAAAAAAGUCAAAAUUUUUUAGAAUCUCAUAUGAUAACCGAAGAUAUUUGCAAUAUUAUUCAAAGUAACCGAAGAAAUUCCAUAUCUACAUUUUAUAACGAAGAUAAUGUUUAUAUUUUAAUAGACAAUGAUUUCAUUUUAACGGAAGAAAAUGAUGACGCUGAUAAAUUAUGCUAUACUGAAAAUUCCGAAGAGUUUCUGCGAAGUAAAGAAACAGCAAAUUGUGAGAUAAAUCUUGAUUUAGAUAGUAAUUUAUACCCAGAUGAGCCAAAUCAAUUAUGUGAACACUCUGAGUCGGUACAACUUUUUGAGGAAAAGUCUCUUCAAGAUUCUUGGGUAGAUGACGUCGCUUGUAUAGAGACUGUAUUUAGUGACGAUGUUGCAGAAAAUAUCAUCAUUGAUGUUCACGAAUCGCCAGAAAAACUAAACUCUUUAGAUUUGGAAAGCGAUGAUGGAGAGUCUACUGUAUUCUAUGAUAGUGAUCAUAUAGAUAAACUCAAAAGUAUCUAUGGUCGUACCAUAUGUAAUGAUAAUACCCAAUUGAUUGAAACUUUAUACAGGACACCACAGAUGAAUGUUAAUAAAACUCUGUACCACAUUGAAUCUCAAGAUCCUGAAGAAUGUCAUGAUGCCAUUAAUGACAGGUGUUUAAAAUCAAAUGAGCACAAUAAUGAUUGCACUGACAUUUUGGAAAGUGGAAUUUCCUCUGAUAUAGUAAUUGAUAAUAAAGAAAAAAUGUUUGAGAAUUUAUCCCUUGACUCUAAAGACUCUAAAUAUUGUCAUCAAAACAUUUAUCCAAAUUUUAAUCAUGACAAUGAUUUCAAGUUUGAUUUUUCUUGUGAAGAACAAGAAGAUAAAUUCACAGGUCAUUCAUGUGAAUUGAGUGAUUAUAUAACAUCAAACAUUCAAAAGGAAAAUUCGAGUUAUUCCUGUUCUAGUUCACCAGAAGUGUCAUCUACAACUUCAGAGGAAAAGAGUUCAAGUAUAUUAUUAAAAAUAACAAAUUGUAAUGGUUCAAGAGUUUCCCAAAUUAAUGAAGUCAAUCCUGCUUCGCAUAGUAAAUUAAGCUAUAAACUGACUGAGAAAAGGGAGUACCGCAGUUAUUGUUCAAACUUUAGUUCUUCUCGAACAUUGAUUACAAAAGCUGCUCAAAAAUACAUUCCACCCUUAAAAGAAACCAUUUAUGAUCUCAAAGUAAAACUUCCUUUGCCUCAGCAUCGUCUUCAAUCAUUGAAACAACUAAAAAUAGCUAAAAUGGGGCAUAAGGUGAAAGCCACGGCAAGUAUCGGCACUGUUAAAAGACCAAAUCAUGAUAUUUCUAAAAAACAAAAGCCCAAAUUUGAAGAUGUUUUGAAAAGUAUUGAUGAAUUAAAUUUUAAAAGGCAUAAAGAUAAUGUAAAAAAAGGAAAAAUUUCAGUACCUAAAGUAAUAAUUAAAAAAAACGAAAAUGGGGCUCACUAUGCCAGUAGCAAAACGUUUAAUAGAAAAGAAACUUAUAACCCAGAUUUGACAGGCCGUAAAUGGCAACCUUGGGUCUUUCUUGAGAAAAAUAACUUCGUUGAUAAAAUGGCACUUCAAAAUAAAGAUAAAGCUGUAUAUUGUCACAAAAAAAACACUUAUGUUCUAUUAGACAAAAUCCGUAAAUAUAAGUCAAUAUAUAACGCUAACUUUGUAAUAUCGCAACCAAAGUCAGAAACUAAAGGAAAUUUAAAAUACACAAUCAGAUUAAAACAUAAUUAGAUUUGUUAUUAUUUAAAUAGAUAGGUAGAUAAACAACUAUGUCAGUUCCUUGGUAAUUAGACCAUUAAUUUAUUUAAUGUAUCUGUACAUAUCCCACCACAAAAUGGUCUCAUCCUGUCUUAUUGCAUUCCUUCAAAUCUUAAAAUUGAGCUAAUCUGAUAUUUACUGUUAUUAUUAUUAGGUAAUUUUUAUUACAAUCAACAUGAUUAUUUUUUUCUUCCGACGUAAAGAGUAGACCUUUAAUAUAACAUCAAACUAACCCUUAAGAUUCUGUUUAGUUACCUUGUUAAGUUCACUAUUAAUAAAAUAUUUAGUUUAUUUAUAUGUUAGAUAAUAACUGAACCAAAAUCAAUACAAAAGUGUGAUGAAAAUAAAUCAAAGAAAUAUUUUUAAAGUAGGAUGCUUUGUCCACAUAGUUAUUAUGUAAAAGUAACUUGAUAGGAUCUGUGUUUUUGUUAAUUUGUAUAUAUCGAUUUUAUUAUUGUUGUUUUAUC